AUGAGGUGGGGGUCUCCAAGUGCGUUGCUUGCGUUGUUCGCAACAACAGUAGUGGGCUGGCCCUACGAUGAGUCCUUCCUCCAAUACAACCUCAACCAGAACAAGACCGCGACCAACGCCGCAGAUUACUGGAUCGACUGGCCGGAUCACACAUAUUUCCCCUCGCCGGAUAACUGGCGGUCCCCUGUAUAUACCCUCUUCCUGGACCGGUUCGUCAACGGCGACCCCGAGAACGAUAACAUCAAUGGUACCCUCUUCGAGCACGACUUGAAGUCGAAUCAAAUGCGUCAUGGUGGUGAUGUCGCUGGAUUGGUUGAUACGUUGGACUACCUACAAGGAAUGGGUAUCAAGACCAUUUACCUUGCAGGAACGGUUUUGAUGAACCAGCCAUGGGGCUCGGAUGGUUACUCGGCUUUGGAUACCACUCUGUUGGAUCAGCACUUUGGCAACAUUGACGCAUGGAGAAAGGCAAUCACCGAGAUUCACAACCGUGGUAUGUACGUCAUUUUUGACAAUACCAUCGCAACUAUGGGUGACCUGAUUGGCUUCAAGGGCCACUUGAAUGAAACCACGCCGUUCUCAGUCAAGGAGCACGAAGUACUCUGGAAAUCUAAUCGUCGUUAUGCCGACUUCGAUAUCGGAAACACCUACAACCAAACUUGCGAUUAUCCUCGAUUCUGGUUCGAGGACGGUUACCCAGUCGAGUCGUCUGUCACGGACCAACUGAAAGGCUGCUUUGACAGUGACUUUGACCAGUACGGUGACCGUGAGGCCUUUGGCGUUUUCCCUGACUGGCAGCGUCAGCUGGCAAAAUUCGCCUCCGUCCAGGACCGUCUCCGUGAAUGGAAUCCCAGCGUUAGAGAACGACUGAUCCGACACUCCUGCAUGAUCAUCCGCGCUUUCGAUAUCGACGGUUUCCGUUACGAUAAAGCCACACAGGCCACCGUGGAUGCUCUGGGUGACAUGUCGAGCGCUUACAGAGAGUGUGCCCGGGAAGUUGGUAAAGAAAACUUCUUUAUCGCCGGUGAAAUCACAGGCGGAAACACCUUUGGUUCCAUCUAUCUCGGCCGUGGCAGGCAGCCCAACCAGUAUCCUGAGAGUGCUGAAAUGGCGGUUACCAUGAACAAUAUGUCGGCCCAGCAAUACUUCUUGCGAGAGCAUGGCCACGAGGCUAUAGAUGCGGCGGCUUUCCACUAUUCGGUGUAUCGUUCCCUUACUCGGUUCCUGGGAAUGGAUGGUAACCUGGCUGCGGGUUAUGAUACGCCGGUUGACUGGACCGAUGCCUGGAACCUGAUGCUUGUGUCUAACGACAUGAUCAACGCAAACACGGGAAAAUUCGACCCCAGACAUAUGUACGGCGCAACUAACCAGGACGUUUUCCGUUGGCCUGCCAUCCAAUACGGUGUCGAGCGACAACUCUUGGCUUUGUUCAUCACGACCCUGCAUCUCCCCGGUAUUCCGAUGCUUUUAUGGGGAGAAGAACAAGCGUUCUACAUCUUGGAUGCGACAGCUUCUAACUAUAUCUAUGGACGUCAGUCGAUGUCGCCCGCCACCGCAUGGAAAACGCAUGGUUGCUUCAGUCUCAAGUCGUCUCAGUACUAUCAAUGGCCCCUCGAAGCAGCGUUGGAAGGUUGCCACGACGAAACAGUCACGUACGAUCACCGGGAUCCCUCGCAUCCUGUGCGAAACGUCAUCAAGCACAUGUACCAAAUGCGCCAGCAAUAUCCCGUGUUGAACGAUGGAUGGCUUGUUCAGAAGUUAUCUAACCGGACACGAGACAUUUACCUGCCCGGUUCCAACGGCACUGCGACGGAGACAGGCAUGUGGUCCAUUCUCCGAGACGUGUACGGAGAGCACCAAGAUCUGGGAUCCGAUGCGGAUAACCAGCCAGUUUGGCUAGUGUAUCAAAACGACAACCACACCCUGGAGUACCAGUUCGACUGCAGCGACAAUGACACGGCAUUGAUAUCUCCUUUCCCCAGCGGGACCACGGUGAAGAACUUAUUCUAUCCGCAUGACGAAAAGGUUCUGAAGGACGGCCCGAAAAAGCUUCGUCUAAAUGGCUCCACGGAGACCAACGGAUGUUUAGACAGCUUGACAUUGAGUGCGUAUGAAUUUAGGGCCUAUGUCCCCAAAACUCAGUUCUCUUCGCCUCGUCCCAUGAUCACCAAGUUUGAGCCCGGUCAUGACGCGCCCCUACUAUCUACAGUGCUCCCCAACACCUAUGAAGAUGUCGAUGUCAAGAUUUAUUUCUCCACCGAAAUGGACUGUGAUUCCGUCACCAAGUCGAUCUCGUUCAAUUCAUCCACCGAGGCUGACAAGACUGCCUCUUUCGAUACCAACAGUGUCAAUUGCAGUUCAAUCGCUGUUGACAAGACUUCCUGGCCUGGUCAGAUUCCAAGUGCAUGGUAUUGGUCGGCAACAGUGAAGGGUGUCUACAACGGCGUCCACCGUUUGACAGUGAAAAACGCAACUACCACUGAUGGAGCUUUCACGGAUGCCGUCGACCACUUCCUCAUCCGCAUUGGACAGCGUGAUAACCCGAUGUUGUACCCUUCGGCCAACUAUUCCAGCAGUUUGCUUCACCGGACGGACAACGGAACCUUGUUCAUCCAACACCACGCGGCCGGAGCCGACAAGUACCGCUAUUCGACGAACUGGGGUAGCACAUUUUCGAAGUGGAUCCCGUACACCGGUGGAAAUGACACUAUCGAAGAAUUGGAAUGGUCAGGAACCAAGAAGCAACGGUGGCAAGGAAAGCACAUCCGUGUCGAGUACUGGAAUAAAUGGACCGGUAGCAGCGACUACGCUCAAGAGGGUGACACCGAUUGGGACGGCAAAGGCGAGCGACGAUUCCCCCACCUUUUCUUCAACGGUCCUUACAACCAAUACGGGUACGAUGCUGGCUUGCACAACGUGGUUGAACAGGAUAAGGAUGGGCUGUGGAAGUACCGAUUCGUGUCCGAGUGGCCUGCCCAAGGUCAAUUCAACAUCUGGGGCAUGGAUCCGGAUGGCAAGCCUGACGAAAGCUAUGUGUACGGAGAUGCUGAUGGUGAUGCGAUUCUGGACCGUCUGCCGCCAUCCUCGCUCAGUGCAACUCUUGUCAAUGUCACGGACCAUCCUCCCUCCCCUUACCUGGCGUGGAGAUUCCACGUUAAUGACGCUACCAUGAAGUUCGAGCUUGUACCCGUAGGCUCGAAGUAUGCCCAGAUGGCCAUGUACUUCCUGUUUUGGCUCAUGCCAAUCGUGACGGCGGCCGCAUGUGUGUACGUAUUCAUGAAGUCGUUCUACCAGAUCAAGUUCAACCAGAUUGGUGUCAGCGAAAAGAAAGGGCUCCUUCCUCUUGCCCUCCGCCGGAAGUUGAAGAGGCGCAAUCCCGAAGAGGGCGAAGCGAUGAAUCCUUUGAUGCGUCUCGCCAACAAGUCCGGUUUUCUCCAGAGCACAUCCGCAUUCGGUGCGGCGGGCAAGGACCGCCGAAAAAUGGCCCUCAUCGCUACUAUGGAGUACGACAUUGAAGACUGGGCUAUCAAAAUCAAGAUCGGUGGUCUCGGUGUGAUGGCUCAAUUGAUGGGAAAGCACCUUGGCCACCAGGACCUCAUCUGGGUUGUUCCUUGUGUUGGAGGUGUGGAUUACCCCGAAGAUCGUCCAGCCGAAUCCAUGUUCGUCACCGUUUUGGGCAAUCCAUACGAAGUCAAGGUCCAGUACCACACGUUGAACAACAUCACCUACGUCCUUCUUGACGCUCCUGUGUUCCGCCAGCAAACCAAGGCUGAGCCCUACCCGGCCCGCAUGGACGACUUGGACAGUGCCAUUUACUACUCCGCGUGGAAUCAGUGUAUUGCGCAUGCGAUCAAGCGAUUCCCCAUUGAUCUGUACCACAUUAACGAUUACCACGGCUCCAUUGCUCCGCUUUACAUUCUUCCUCAAACCGUUCCUGUUUGUCUUUCUCUCCACAACGCUGAAUUCCAGGGUCUGUGGCCUAUGCGUACCCAAAAGGAGAAAGACGAAGUCUGCUCGGUCUUCAACCUCGAUAUGGAUAUCGUGAGUCGCUACGUCCAGUUCGGUGAGGUUUUCAACCUGCUUCACGCGGGUGCGAGCUACCUCCGUGUUCACCAGCAAGGCUUCGGUGCAGUCGGUGUGUCUAAGAAGUACGGAAAACGGUCUUAUGCUCGUUAUCCCAUCUUCUGGGGGUUGAAGAAGGUUGGCAACUUGCCUAACCCCGACCCCUCGGAUACUGGAGAAUGGAACAAGGAGCUGCCCAAGGAAAGCGACAUUCAGGUUGACCCCGAUUACGAAUCGAACAGAGGCGAAUUCAAGCGUCAAGCACAGGAAUGGGCCGGUCUUGAGCAAAACCCUGACGCGGAUCUUCUGGUGUUCGUUGGAAGAUGGUCGAUGCAAAAGGGUGUCGACCUUAUCGCUGAUGUAAUGCCUGCCGUUCUCGAAGCCCAUCCCAAUGUCCAGUUGAUCUGUGUUGGUCCGGUCAUUGAUUUGUACGGAAAGUUCGCGGCAUUGAAGCUCGAGCAUAUGAUGAAGAUCUAUCCCGGACGUGUCUUCUCUCGACCCCAGUUCACUGCGCUCCCGCCCUUCAUUUUCUCUGGUGCUGAAUUCGCUCUGAUCCCUUCUCGUGAUGAGCCGUUCGGUCUUGUUGCCGUCGAGUUCGGUCGUAAAGGUGCUCUUGGUAUCGGUGCCCGUGUUGGUGGUCUCGGUCAAAUGCCUGGUUGGUGGUAUAAUGUCGAAUCUACGACUACUGCCCAUCUUCUGCACCAGUUCAAGGUCGCCAUCGACAGUGCCCUUAACUCGAAGCUUGACGUCCGCGCAAUGAUGCGUGCACGAUCUGCCAAGCAGCGGUUCCCCGUCGCCCAAUGGGUUGAGGACUUGGAAAUCUUGCAGGCGACCUCUAUUCGCGUUCACAACAAGGAACUGGUCAAGUCUCACGGACAGCCUUAUACGCCAUCUGGUUAUAGCACGCCAACCGCGGGCACUGGUUUAUUGGUCUCGCCUAUCUCUUCUCCCGGAGCUAUGACUCCGACAGGAUUGCAGACACCACCUAUUGCGCACUCGAGGGAAAGCAGCUACAGCAAUACCAACCGUCUCAGCACUCUUGGCCCGCAGCAACGGAACACAAUUGUUUACAGCACUGAUCCAACACCCAGUCCCAGCGCCAAUGAAAAGCCCAAGUCCGGACUCAGUCGACAGCUUUCACUUGGUGUCCGCUCUGGCCCUGGUCACUCGCACCGUCGGGGAUUGAGAAAGAGCAACAUCCUAGCAGUCGAGGAGAAUUCGACCCAUGUCAUGACCGAUGCGGAAGAGGAAAGCGACGACGACAAUAUCCCCAGCUACUACGGAGAAGAUGAAUACACGCUCACUCCCGAACAAGCAGGGGAAGGUCGCCGGAUGGAACUCCAACAGCAGCAACAGGCCGCUACCCAUGGUGGACUGUCGCCCUUCCACGCCACCAUCCCUGCGCAAAACCGACACUUCAGCCAAGGAUCAACUGCGACAAGACAAUCUGUCGCCUCAACGACGCCGGGGGCAUUUGACGACGGUCUUCUGGCCCCUAUCAGACCCUUCGCUGAACCUGGGAACCGUCUUAGCAGCUCCUCUGUGCUUUCCGUUGACUCCGUUGUUGGUGACAAGAAGGACUUCAAACUACAAAAAGUCGACCCGUUCUUUACUGACAGCUCUGGUGAAUAUUACCGGGUGUUCGAGAGCCGACUCCAGGAUCUCAAUGGCUCGAACUCUGAGACGCAGCUCUGUAUUGAGGUGUUCUUGGUGAAGAGUGAAAAGAAAUGGUUCGACAAGUUCAGGGACGCAAGGCUAGGACGCAACCAUUCUCCGGCUCCUUCUAUCUUCCGUGGUAAGCGUGCUAUUUCGCCAGCUGGUUCAAUCUCCAACGACGAUUCGGCCUCGCGCGACAGUGGUGGCGAGGAGAACAAGGAAGCCGAUGAGUUCUUGCUUGGAAAGGACUACGUCCCUCCGACUGGUCUCAGGAAAUGGAUGCAGCUCCGCAUUGGCGAUUGGCCGGUCUACUCGCUUUUCCUUGGUUUGGGACAGAUCAUCGCGGCGAACUCGUACCAGAUCACGCUACUUACUGGUGAAGUCGGUCAAACAGCCGAGAAGCUCUAUGGUAUCGCGACUGUGUACCUGGUCACUUCGAUCAUCUGGUGGUUCAUGUUCCGAUACUUCAAGUCUGUGGUCACGCUCUCACUUCCUUGGUUCUUCUACGGUCUGGCCUUCAUUCUGAUCGGUGUCGCUCACUGGGAGGGCAACGAGUUCAAUCGCGGUUGGAUUCAAAACGUCGCCAGUGGUGUGUAUGCCACUGCAUCGUCCAGUGGUUCCAUCUUCUUCGCUCUCAACUUUGGUGAUGAAAGCGGUGCUCCUGUGAAGGAAUGGGUGUUCCGUGCUUGUGUUAUUCAGGGUACUCAGCAGGCCUAUAUCAUUGGGCUGUGGUACUGGGGAUCAACCCUUACCAAGGCGACUGCCGAUGGGAUCGUUAAUCCUCAAGGGAAUAUCACAAACACCUGGAAAAUGACUGCCAUCUGUUUACCGAUUGCAGUCUUCCUCUGGGUAGUUGGACUGCUUAUCUUCUACGGCCUGCCAAACUACUACCGCCAAGCACCAGGAAAGGUCCCGUCGUUCUACAGAUCCGUCUUCAGACGCAAGAUCAUCCUCUGGAACUUUGCCGUUGUGAUCAUCCAAAAUUGGUUCCUCAGUGCACCAUACGGUCGUAACUGGAGCUUCCUCUGGAGCUCCCAACACGUGCACGCCUGGCAAAUCGGCAUCCUCUGCGUUGUCUUCUUCGGCGCCGUCUGGGCAAUCUUCCUCUUCCUCCUCGGCUACCUCUCCAAAUCCCACUCCUGGAUCCUCCCCGUCUUCGCCUGCGGUCUCGGAGCCCCCCGCUGGGCCCAAAUAUGGUGGGGUGUCUCCGGCGCUGGCCUCUACCUCCCCUGGGCCGGCGGCUACACAGCCGGAGCACUCGUCUCGCGCAGUCUGUGGCUGUGGCUCGGUGUUCUGGAUACACUGCAGGGAGUGGGUUUCGGUAUGAUUCUGCUGCAGACGCUGACGCGGAUGCAUAUCUGCUUUGCGCUUAUUGUCUCGCAAGUGCUGGGUUCGAUUGCAACGAUCUGUGCGAGGGCAUUUGCGCCGAAUAGUAUCGGGCCCGGCCCGAUUUCGCCGGAUAUCACGGCUGGUGCCAGUUCCCUGGCGAAUGGGUGGUUCUGGAUUGCUCUUAUCUUCCAGUUGUUGAUUUGCGCUGGAUUCCUGUUCUUCUUCCGCAAGGAGCAACUCUCGAAGCCAUAA